AUGUCACCAGUCGCAGGCGUAAAGCGUUCAGGGCAGUUCGACUUUAUUCGCCCCAGCGCUUGGAAUGGCCGCUCUUGCGUUGUGGACUAUGCGGUACACUGCAGCGGCAAAGACGCGGUUUUGAAGCUGACGGACUCCUGUGGUGAGCGCUCCGACAACAGGUCCCUGUGGUUUGCUCGAAGCACCGAACUCCACAUGGAGAAGUCGCCCGGGCACCUGGAGGAACUGGGCUCGAAGUGGCUGCAUCCCUGGCGAAAGGGCCACGAGUUGAUCUUGAAGGUCUUCCUGGCGAGCCAGCAUCGUUCCAUCAGGAUGACCCAGGAUGGCUCCAAGGUUACCUUCAGGCUGGUGUCACCACCCACCCUGGAGGAGCAGCUCGCGGACCCAAACAACAUCCGCUUCUUUGCGCAGGUGCCGAAAGUGGCCAGUUGCCUCCCUGAUGACCGGGACGACAUCUUCAAGUCAACGACGCAGAACGCGAGCUUUUUUGGCGCGCAGGAGUGUAGCGCAUGCCAGAACCUUCUAGAGAGCAAGAUCAAGGGGACCGAGCUCUGCGACAGCGCCACAACGUCGGCCAGCAAUCUUCGAUGCAAAGUCUUCGCCAACGGUAUGGCCAAGGAAGGCGUGCUGGAGCUAGUGGUCUCCAGCAUCCAGAGCAGCUGGCAGCAAGCGAAGGAUAUGGCCAUGCCUCUCUCAUGGAAGUUGGGAUGUCAGGAUUUGGGCUGUUGCCCACUGGACCCAGAGGUGUCAAAGGCUCUGAUGGAAGAGGCCGAUCGUGUGUUGAAAAUCGAGAAAUUUGCUGACAAGCAGAGGGAGUUGCGUGCAAGGGAUGCUGAGAACGUGCCAAGUGGCGUGGUGGAAAAGAUUCUGACAGAUUCUACUGCUCGAUUGAAAUUAGAAGGUGUCCUCAAUACGAAGGCACACCUCAACAACAAAGGUAUCCACUGGGAGAACCUCACCAGCGACCUGGACCUCAAGAAGCUCCAGGUGGCCGUAUCGGACGAUGGCUGUCGUUGGAACUUCAGGAAGAGCAGAUGUACGCCCAGGGGCAGCUGUGCGUACAAGUUCCGCCUGGGCGAUGUGAAUUUCCAUCAAAGCUGCCGCCUGAAGGCCAAGGUCUAUCGUCCGAUGAGUGAUGAAGAGUGCUUGUGGAAUUACAAGAAGGCCAUGUGUCAUCAUCCGCAGUACUGCGCACGGCGCUGCAAAGGAGGUGACUGGACAUUGGACUCGUGUUGCAAGCUCCGAAAGGUCAUGGUAUCCGGCGAGAACGAAACUGAUGAGACAGGAGACGUGAAGAAAGUGGAUGAUGAAACGAUUCAAAAGAUCCUGGAUGACAUGAAAAUGGAGGACGAUACGGACGAUGUCGUCGGUUCUGAUGUUGAUGAAGACAUUGGUUUGGAAGCCGAUGAGGAAACAGUUACAGCUCCAAGCAGUCCCAAAGUUGACGAAGACAUCGGCUUGGAAGCCGAUGAAGAAACAAUUACAGCUCCAAGCAGUUCUGAUGAUGAGAGUGACGCACCGAGCACUGCUGGCGAGGACGUAAUGGAAGACAACUGUCGGAGCGACAGCGACCGAUCCUUGCUCUCCACGCCGGGCUUUGCGAAAGCCUUGGAAAAGGACGUAAGGGCAAGCCUGACGUGGAAGUUGAAUCUCAAGCGCGACGCCUGCCACGAGAGGCACAUCAAGCGGGGCUUGUCCGAGAUGUGUGCCUCUUGCUUCGUGGACGUCACGGAUUGCGCUUUUCAACACUGCUUCCGGCUUCAGUCCACCGCAGGCCCCAAUGAUGAGAAGACCAAGCUCUGCAUGGAGAAGAAGAACGGCGACCGGCUGGGCUGCCAACCACAGCUUCGAAAGUGCACAGGGCUUUCAGACGACCAGUUGCCUGGCUUCCACAGCAGUGACAAAAAGACACGACGCGCAAGCGCCGUUGCGCCGCCUGGGAAGUUCUCUGUGGAUCACAGGAAGACCAACCAGGUAUCCAUCAGUGGGGAGGAAAAUCCUGAAAGAUUGGAAGGUUUGUACCCAGAACAUGACCAAGAUUCAAGAUCUCUGGGUGUGGCUCAUGACUUCUACGACGUGCCGGACGCGGUGGCUCCGUUGCAGGUGGCGCAGCGCUGGGGCGACGGCACGGUGGACGAGGUGCUGCUGCGUUGGCGAAAGCCCAGGGAGAACGCCAGGGAGAUCCAGAGUUAUGAAGUGUGCUGGUGGCCCUGGUCUUUGGGAGGCGAGACUCGAGAGGCGGAGGCGUCUUCCAUUCAGUUAGCUGCAGAGGAAGUGGCAGAGGGCGAUCUGUGCCACUAUCCGCUGCGUGCGACGAAGCCUGAAAGGCGGACCCCGGGCGAGCUUCUGCACCCGGCUCCGUUGACGGCCAGCUGGGUUUCGGUGCGGGCCUACAAUCAGGAAGGCUGGGGCGACUGGUCCAGAGCCACCCUGGUCUUCUUUCGCGAGGUAAUUGGUGGCGAUGCGCGAAACGGCUACCAAGAGGCAGACGCCACGCCUGGCACAGCUGGCAGCUUGCUCACCUGGGGCGCCAGCGAGGAUGGUCGGUUGGGUCGUGGCUUGGAAGUGCUGCAGCGCGGUGCAUGUCCCGAGCUGGUCGCGGUGCCGGGCUUUCAGGAGUGCCGUCUCUCUUCAAUGGCCGCCGGGGCGCAUACAUGCGUACUGAGCCAGCGUGACCGGCUCUAUCUCUGGGGCAGCUUCCUACCCGAUGGACAGGACUCAGAGGAGGUCGACGUGCUGGUAGAGCCACAAGAGCAGGCCUUGGAUUUCGUGUGCCACGCAGCGGCCUGCGGCCGCUUCAGCACCGUGCUGCUGUCCGCGGAGGGCCGACUUUUCGCCUGGGGUCCCAAUGAGGUGUACCAGUGUGGUAUUCCUGGUGACGCCAUGGUGAGAUCUCUGACCCAACUCCAGGUGCCCAAAGAUGAAGCCGUGAUCCAGGUGGAGCUUGGCGAGUUCCACGGCGUGGCGCUGACGUCCUCGGGGCAGGUGCUGUGUUGGGGCCAGGAGCAGGGCCCUGAGGCUGGGCUCAGAGACGAACCGAAGCUGAAAGGUCUAUUGCCCGAGAGCAUCAACUUCAAUGAGCCCUCGCCCCGUGCGCUGGACUUGCCUGUGCCGGUGACGCUCGUGGCUGCGGGAGGUUAUCACAGCGCCUUCCUGACCCAGAACGGUCAACUGUGGAGCUGGGGAAGCAACAGCCACGGGCAGCUGGGUUUGGGCCUUCCCACAGAGAAGGCCUUCGUCGGACGCCCACGGCCAGUGGUGCUCGAAGGACACACAGGGCGCAUGGCAAAGCUGUCCUUGGGCGGCGUCCAUUCAGCUGUACUGGAUGAUGCUGGUGUGGCCUACACCUUUGGGGACAACAGCAGAGGCCAGUGUGGACAGGGUGACCGGCCACAUCUCUUGGCUCCCGAGAGGGUCAGGGAGUUGCCCAUGGCCCUGGGCGUCUGUUGUGGAGGUUUCUUCUCUUUCUUCCAAGUGGCGGAGGAUCUCUACGCCUGUGGCUGGGGUAAGGAGGGCUGCCUGGGCUUUGGCCGAGUGAGCAAGAGGCAACUCAAGGUGCUGCGCGUGCCACAGCCCCCACAAGGUCGUUGGCUCCAGCUGCGCGCAGGGGCCUCGCAUGUGGUGGCGCUGGUGACUGGCGAAAACGAAGAAAAGUGGCUGCGGGCGUUGGGAGCAGACCUGGCGAUGGCAUAUCCCCAGCCCUUACCUAGGCCUUAUGGUAAGUAG